AUGCGAAUUCGCUAUCCUUUCGCGGGCGCCUUCAUUUUUCUUCUGAUCAUCGCUGCCUACAUUGGGCUACUCCCCCAUAGCUACUAUUCUAGUGUUCCGGCCCAGCUACAGCCUAAUGACAAACUUCUCCAUGUCGUGACCUUCUUCCUGCUGUCCCUAAUCUUCUACUGGAUCCCCGACACCACCAGGCGUCGCACUCUACAUCUGACCCUGGUUGUCUGCACGCUCAUCCUGGGCAUUGGGUCUGAAAUUGUCCAAGGUCUACUUCCCAAUGGUCGCUCCUUUGAUCCUUUCGACCUCCUCGCCAACAUCGUCGGCAGUGUCGGGGCCGUUGGUCUCUGCAGCUGGUACCAUCGGCGGAUGUUGGAGCGACGACGCAAAGCUCGCUUCGGUACCCUGGGUGACGGUGCUGUAGAUGAUAUCGAGCUAGGAGUUGGGUCCGGUCAUCAUGAGGACAAUGAGGAGGGUCUCGGUCCGCAAGAAUCGGGUGUCACGGUGCUGGAGCAAGAAGUCGAUAAUUGGGACGAAAAUGCGGUCGACAACUGGGAUACAGAGGAUGGGUCAGAGCCCAGCAAUAUAGCACCGCAACCGUCAGAUUCCAAGACGUCUCCUCCGGCUGUCAAUGGGGAGGGAGUAGAAGGCAAAAAACGGAAUGAUUGA